GCAAAGGUCAACAGUCUAUGGGGUGUUCCUUAAUCCUUACCCAUUCCCUAAGCCAGAUCAGGAGAAAAUCAUAUUAUUAGGAGUGCUAAUAUGUUUUAGAUUUGAUCAUUCCUAUGGAUGGGCAGGAGAGUGGUGGAAGUCAGAUGUUGAAGAUAUGAUCAAUCAGGCAAUGCAAUUGGGAGUGCCUCCAAAAGUAUCAGAUGCCACACUAUUAAUGGCCUUCCUGGACCAACUCCUCUUUGUCCUUCAAAGGGUACUAAGACCAACUCUUCUUAUUCUUCUUGACUGGAUGGCAGAAGGGACUUAGGCCAUGUUUGAUAGUGAAUAUGGCAUGUUAUACUUAUCAAAAGAACAAAC